CGAAUACAACAACAGAUCCCACCUCGGUAGCUUGCUGCUAUCCGACAUUGCUGAAACAUUUAAGCUUUUUAGACCAUUUCGGUAUACUAGUCGCUGUGUUUUAAAUACACUUUUAUCAUAGUUACCUCGUGAUUUCAUAUGUUCAUAUUAAUCAGCAAGCUGGCAGACACCUGUAGGUUAUCUUCAAACUAGAUUAGCCCUAGCCAAGUUGCUAAUGAUAGCUAGAUAGCUAACUAGUUAGCUAACAUCUCCGACCAUGAGCUCACUGAGCUACUUCCCCCCUGCUAAAGAAGAGGAUGUCUACUGGACAGAGACAGACGUUCUCGUGAAAAAGUUGAAGGAAGAGGAGGCUGUCACAGUAAAAACAUUUUUCGAAGAAUUAACAAUGAAAGAAGAGGAAGAAGCUUUCAGAAUGAAAGAGGAGGAAGAGAAUGAGGAGGAUGCAGUGGUUGGUGUGAAAGAGGAGGGUGAGAUGACUGUCUCAUUGAAAGAAGAGGAGAAAGGUGACAAAGAGGAGACUGGAGAUCUUAACACCAGAGAGAGACCAGACUCUCGCUCUGAGAGUGGGAAGAGUCCUUCAGAGGAAGCAGACGUAGAGAAGCCCAAACCAGCCAGACCACAUCAAUGCUCCCACUGCGGAAAUAGUUUUACUUGUUUAGUGGACCUGAAAAGGCAUAAAAGUAUACACACAGGAGAAAAGCUUUACCACUGCUCUCAGUGUGGAAAGAGCUUUUCAAAGUCACAGUCAUUACAAUUGCACCAGAGAGUACACACAGGUGCAAAACCUUACCACUGCUCUGACUGUGGGAUGAAGUUUGCGCUGUCAGGUAAUUUGAAAAGACACCAACUGGCACACACAGGAAAGAAGUCUUACAGAUGUGAUCAAUGUGGGAAGAGUUUUACUACAUUCAACUCCCUGAUAAACCAUCAGCGAAUACAUACUGGAGAGAAACCUUACCACUGCCCUGUUUGUGGGAAGAGUUUUAAUCAGCCAAGUAACCUGAAAUCACAUCAGCAGAGACACUCAGGACAGAAACUUCACCACUGCUCAGAUUGCGGAAUGAAUUUUACUACAUCUGGGGAAUUAAAAAUUCACCAGCGAACACACACAGGAGAGAAACCUUACAGCUGCUCUGACUGUGGGAAGAGUUUUGCUAGACUAGAUGGAUUGAUGGUACACCAGAGAAUACACAGAGCAGAAAAACCUUUUAACUGUGAUCAAUGUGGAAAGACAUUCACUCAGUCAGCACAUCAGGCUAUACACAAGAGAAUACACACAGGGGAGAAGCCUUACCACUGCUCAGACUGCGGGAUGAGCUUUAAUUACUCAAGCCACCUGGCAACACAUCAGAGAAUACAUACAGGAGAGAAGCCUUAUGGCUGUGAUGAAUGUGGGAAGAGAUUUGUUCAUUCAGGAUCCCUUGUUAAACACAAGAAAACCCACACUGGAGAGAGGCCUUUCCAUUGCUCUGAGUGUGGGAAGUGUUUCGUUAGGAUGGCGCAUUUAAAAUCGCACCAAAGAAUACACACAGGAGAGAAGCCGUACCACUGCUCUGACUGUGGGAUGAGUUUUGCUCAGGCAAGCAACCUUAACACGCACCAGCGGACACACACAGGAGAGAAGCCUUACUACUGCUCUGACUGUGGGAUGUGCUUUAGUUUCUCAAAAACCUUGACCAUACACCAGAGAACACACACGGGAGAGAAGCCUUAUCACUGUUCUGACUGCGGGAAGAGAUUCACUCAGUCAGGAACCCUGGUAGAACAUAAGAGAAUACACACUGGAGAAAAGCCUUACCACUGCUCAGACUGUGGGAUGAGCUGUACUUCUUCUAAAGAUUUAAUAGUUCACCAACGAAUACACACCGGAGAGAAGCCUUAUGGUUGUGAUCAGUGUGGGAAGAGAUUCACUCAGUCAGGAACCCUGGUUAAGCACAAGAGAAUACACACUGGAGAGAAGCCUUACCACUGCUCUGACUGCGGGAAGGGAUUUGCUCAAUCUCAGCAGCUGAAAUCACAUCAGCGGACACACACUGGAGAAAAGCCUUAUUGUUGUGAUCAGUGUGGGAAGAAAUUCACUCAGUCAAGAAGCCUGGCUGAACACAAGAGAAAACACAACAAUUGUGGGUAACCUUCCCACUUUUGUUAGCUCAAGCAAGUUGAUGGUAGACCAGUGGACACACAUAGGAGAGAAGCCAUGCCUUGCUGUGACUAGUGGGAGUUUUGUUACCUUAAGCUUUCUUUAAGUGCGUCAUUGUGGCCUUCAUCGGUGUGAUCUAAUGCAGGGUUAACAAGGUGCCAGCCCUCUCAAAACUUGUCAGCCUUUAAGAGUUACAAUAUAUUGCACAUUGGGUAAUAAACUGUGUAUGUACAGUUGAAGUCGGAAGUUUACAUACACCUUAGCCAAAUACAUUUUAAACUCAGUAUUUCACAAUUCCUGAUAUUUAAUCCUAGUAAAAAUUCAUUGUCUUAGGUCAGUUAGGAUCACCACUUUAUUUUAAUAAUGUGAAAUGUCAGACUAAUAAUAGAGAAAAUGAUUUAUUUCAGGUUUUAUUUCUUUCAUCACAUUCCCAGUAGGUCAGAAGUUUACAUACACUCAAUUAGUAUUUGGUAGCUUUGUCUUUAAAUCUUUUAACUUGGGUCAAACGUUUUGGGUAGCCUUCCACAAGCUUCCCACAAUAAUGUGGGUGAAUUUUGGCCUAUUCCUCCUGACAGAGCUGGUGUAACUGAGUCAAGUUUGUAGGCCUCCUUGCUCGCACACGCUUUUUCAGUUCUGCCCACAAAUUUUCUAUGGGAUUGAGGUCAGGGCUUUUUGAUGGCCACUCCAAUGCCUUGACAGUGUUGUCCUUAAGCCAUUUUGCCACAACUUUGGAAGUAUCAUUGUCCAUUUGGAAGACCCAUUUGCGACCAAGCUUUAACUUCCUGACUGAUAUCUUGAGAUGUUGCUUCAAUAUAUCCACAUCAUUUUCUUCCUCAUGAUGCUAUCUAUUUUGUGAAGUGCACCAGUCCCUCCUGCAGCAAAGCACCCCCACAACAUGAUGCUGCCACCCCCGUGCUUUACGGUUGGGAUGGUGUUCUUCGGCUCGAGAUGACUUUUCUCCAAAAAGUACUAUCUUUGUCCCCAUGUGCAGUUGCAAACCGUAGUCUGGCUUUUUUAUGGCGGUUUUGGAGCAGUGGCUUCUUCCUUGCUGAGCGGCCUUUCAGCUUAUGUCGUUAUAGUACUCGUUUUACUGUGGAUACAGAUACUUUUGUACCCGUUUCCUCCAGCAUCUUGACAAGGUCCUUUGCUGUUAUUCUGGGAUUGAUUUGCACUUUUCGCACCAAAGUAUGUUCAUCUCUAGGAGACAGAACGCGUCUCCUUCCUGAGUGGUGUGACGGCUGCGUGGUCCCAUGGUGUUUAUACUUGCGUGCUAUUGUUUGUACAGAUGAACGUGGUACCUUCAGGCGUUUGGAAAUUGCUCCCAAGAAUGAACCAGACUUGUGGAGGUCUACAAUUUUUUUUUCCUGAGGUCUUGGAUGAUUUCCUUUGAUUUUCCCAUGAUGUCAAGCAAAGAGGCACUUAGUUUGAAGGUAGGCCUUGAAAUACAUCCACAGGUAGACCUCCAAUUGACUCAAAUCAUGUCAAUUAGCCUAUCAGAAGCUUCUAAAGCCAUGACAUAAUUUUCUGCAAUUUUCCAAGCUGUUUAAAGGCACAGUCAACUUAUUGUAUGUAAACUUCUGACCCACUGGAAUUGUGAUAUAGUGAAUUAUAAGUGAAAUAAUCUGUCUGUAAACAAUUGUUGGAAAAAUAUUUGUGUCAUGCGCAAAGUAGAUGUCCUAACCGACUUGCCAAAACUAUAGUUUGUUAACAAGAAAUUUGUGGAGUGGUUGAAAAACGAGUUUUAAUGACUCCAACCUAUGUGUAUGUAAACUUCCGACUCCAACUGUAUCUUUGUGUGUGGCGGGGUUGUUUCACUCUCAGCGGGGUCGAGGAAACCAGAAGCAUCCGGUUUUCAGGGGAAAAACAGAGAAUAGGCAAAAGCCCGAAAAUCUGAUGGUUGCAGUGUCUCCGACCCCGCUCAGGCGUUUAUUUUACAGCUGCUAUGUUAGGUUAGAGUUGUUGAAACAUUGUAGUAGUCUGUUUUUUCAGCAUUGCUUUAAAUAGUUUUUAUCAAUAAAUGGCCUCAGGCAUUUUUCAACA